AGGCAGCAUUCAAUCCGAAGUUGAGCAGCUAACAAGACAUAAUGAAGGGAUUACAAGUUCUGCUCAUCAGCUGUCUGGCAGCUUCAGCCUUCGCGCAAGACGACACAGCCAAGAAAGAAAACGAAGGCAACACGAGAUUCCUUGGAGGCGGUGGCUUCGGAGGAGUCGAUCCAGGAUUUGGAGGCGGAUUCAACCCUGCAUUUGGAGGGGGCUUUAACCCAGGCUUCGGAGGGGUUAACCCAGGAUUUGGAGGUAGUUUUGGAGGUGGAAUCAACCCAGGCUUUGGAGGAGGAUUCGGGGGAGUUUCACAGACCUGCAGACGUUGGUGUCGAACUCCCGAGGGACAGGCAUACUGCUGCGAGACCAACAAUGAGCCUGACACCAUUCCCUUCGUGAAGCCAGGUGUAUGCCCUCCCGUUCGCCCUCAGUGCCCACCCGUCAGGAGCUUUGCCCCUCCACAGACAUGCUCCAACGACAGCAAGUGCGGAGGCGUCGACAAGUGCUGCUUUGACAGGUGUCUUGAGGAGCACGUGUGCAAACCUCCUGUUGGGUCUGGUGGAUUUGGUGGCAUCGGUUUUGGCCGCUGAUUGAUUCCCUUUGUAUUUCUUCUCUCUUCUUUUCAAUCAUUUGUCGAAUUAACUUAUUAUCGAGUUUAGUCGAAUGCUGAUGGAUGUACAAACAUAAUAGUUGUAUGAACCGAUUUUCAUAAUAAAUAUAUAUAACAAAA